AUGGGUAUUUCUUAUCUAUCUAUCUAUCUAUCUGUCUAUCUAUGUAUCUAUCUGUCUACAUUUUUAUCUAUCUAUCUAUCUAUCUAUCUAUCUAUCGAUAUGUCUCUAGCUUCUAUUUACCUUAAACAUUUCCUAUCUAUCUAUCUAUCUAUCUAUGUAAAAUACUUCAUAUCUAUCUAUUUAUCUAUCGAUCUACAUUUCUCAUCUAUCUAUCUAUCUAUCUAUGUAAAAUACUUCAUAUCUAUUUAUCUAUCGAUCUACAUUUCUCAUCUAUCUAUCUAUCUAUCUAUCUGUUUAUCUGCUUUAUCUGAACAUCUAAUUAAAUUAUUCUCUUCAUACCUAAUACAUAAUUUAUCUUUUGAUCUAAACAUCAAAAUAUUCUAUCUAUCUAUCUAUCUAUCAGUGUCUGUCUGUCUAUCCAUCUUAGGCAUUUCUUAUCUAUCUAUCUAUCUAUCUACCUAUCUAUCUAUCUGUGUGACUGUCUGUUUGACUGUCUGUCUAGGCAUUUCUUAUCUAUCUGACUAUUUUAAACAUUUCUUACAUAUCUGUCUGUCUAUCUUAAACACUAUCUAUCUAUCUAUCUAUCUACUUUUUUAUCUGUACAUCUAA